AUGAGCAGCGAGGACUACGGGUAUGAUUACGACCUACUAUUCAAAAUUGUGCUGAUCGGCGAUUCCGGGGUAGGGAAAUCCAAUCUAUUAUCAAGAUUUACGAAGAACGAAUUCAAUAUGGAUUCAAAAUCCACAAUUGGGGUUGAAUUCGCCACUAGAACUUUGGAAAUUGAUGGUAAGAGGAUCAAGGCGCAGAUCUGGGAUACUGCGGGCCAGGAACGUUACAGAGCCAUUACUUCUGCUUAUUAUAGAGGAGCUGUAGGUGCCUUGAUCGUUUACGAUAUCAGUAAAUCAAGCUCAUAUGAGAACUGUAACCAUUGGUUAUCGGAGCUAAGAGAAAACGCAGAUGACAACGUCGCUGUGGGCCUUAUCGGAAAUAAGUCUGAUCUUGCUCAUUUACGUGCUGUACCUACGGAGGAGUCCAAGACUUUUGCCCAGGAAAACCAGCUAUUAUUCACAGAAACAAGUGCCUUGAACAGCGAAAAUGUGGACAAGGCUUUUGAAGAAUUAAUCAAUACCAUUUACCAAAAGGUUAGCAAGCACCAAAUGGACCUUGGAGAUUCCAGUGCUAACGGAAAUGCCAAUGGUGCGUCUGCUCCUAAUGGACCAACUAUUAGCCUGACACCAACACCAAACGAAAACAAAAAGGCCAAUGGAAAUAACUGUUGUUAA